AUGGCAAACUUUAACUUCUACCUGCUGAGCUGUGCGCUGCUGCUGGUCUGCAGCUCGCGCUCCUCCGGACACCCCGUGCGCGCGCUGAGCGCGGAGAGCCAGGCGCAGUGCGCAGUGUUCAGGAGCCUCCUGCUGGAUGUGGCGGCGCUGAUCGGCGCGGAGGAUUUGUGUCGAACCGUCUCAGCCGAUAAAGUGACGCCGAGCGGCAACAACGAAACGGUCCUGAGCUGCGCUCCCACCCAGACUUCAGGCUGCAUGUUGCAAAGAAACUCGUCUUUCAGUGAGAGUGAAUGUCUGGGGAACAUCGGGAAAGACCUGGCUCACUACCAAUCCGUCAUCCAGUCCUACCUGGACUUAGAUCAUGAGAAACAAAUUGCACUUCUGAGCCCAAUUCUGGAAAAGAUAACCAGCCUGAGGAAGAGCUUUUCCCUGAAGCCGAGUGAAGAGACUGACUCUUCAUCGUCUCCUGAGAGGAACCCUGCUCCGAGGUGGGAGGAGAGCGCCUACAGUAACCGCUACAACAUGUGCAAGAUGAUGAGAGGCUUCCACAUCCGGAUGAUCACCAUCAACCGAGCGAUGGGCUACAUCUCCUCGGGAGACCACAGAAAGUGAAACCCUCCCGCCCCCCCCCCCCCCCCCCCCCCCCCCCCCCCCCCCCC